UAGCAGCUUGGAUUUUCACAGUUUAUGCAAGUCUUCAAACAGCAGCAAUUGGAAUCGUCCAAACAAAUAUAAUCAAAUUAAAAUUUGUGAAAGGAAGGAGCGCCACUAGGAGAACAUUAAUUUCGGACUGCUGUAGCUACCAACAGUGUGCUUUAAAUGACUCUAGUUCAAAACCAGCAAAAGGAAAGUUUGUCUCCAAAAGCACAAUAAAUAAAGCAAUUGGCGGUGUACAGGCGACAACAAGGAGUGCCCAAAGUCAGUCCGGUGCCAACAAAUUAGGAACUGCGAUCAAUGACGGUGGACUAGUGACAGAUCCUGUUGCUGGCGGCCAGCCCAACCCUUCUGAUCCAAAUGCUGCUUCAACAAUAAGUUCAGUUGGAGGAGAAAUAAGUUCUCCAGCAGCUGAUUUUUCUGGCACGAUUUCCGGAACUGGAGCAAAUGUAAUUUUGCCAUCAACAUCUGCUCCAGGAGAGACCCCACUAGCCCAAGAACCUGGAGCCACGACUAUUCAACCCGCAGACUUAAAUCCACAACCAGGAGCCACCGUAAUGAAAAGCCCCACCGCUGGCUUGACUUCGCAAGCAGCAGGGGUCACAACUUUGAAAUCUGGAACAUCGGCCACCACAAAAUUGGGCCAACCUGCGGCUGGGCCGACACAGAUUAGUGGAGUGGCACCUACUGUUGCUGGAGGUUCAACUUUGACCAGUUUAAUUUCAACAACUGCAAAAAGCGGGGUUUUGGCAUCGGCAAGCACCACUUCCAUUAACGGAGUUUCUGUGACUUUGGCACCAUCUGGGGGUGGCACAACAGUUUUUGGAGCCGCAGGGGUAACAACUUCAGGAACCACCCAAUCCACCGGAUUGACUCAGAAAGCAGCAGGAACGACGGCGGGAAGCAUUUCUAAUCCCACAAGUAAUGUGGGCAUUUCUAGUGCAGCUUUAACUACACAAACCACCACUUCUGUGAAAACAAGUACGGCGGCUUCAACAAGCACGAGUUCAACAGUUACAACAACUUCGACAACAACAACAACCACCACAAGGCCUCCUUGCCUUCCUUACGAAUGCAAAACCAAUCCUGCCAAUUUAAAUGCAAAUGGAAUAGUUGAUACUACAAAACUUCAAAACGCCGCUUUUCAACAAGCGUGUGACCGGUUAUACGUAUUCAGCAAAAAUUUGCAAAAUUGGACAAAUGCAGCCAGUUACUGCUGCUCACUUGGAAUGCAGCUCCUUAGCAUUGAAACGAAAGACGAGCUUCAGUGCAUUUCUGAUUUAAUGAACAGCGUUGAUAGCACUGGCUUAGCCGACGAGUAUUUUAUCUCCGGUUCGGAUUAUCAGAACGCAAGCAGUUUCGUUUGGUGCUCUGCAAAUUUCACACCGGUUGACCCAAAUGUUGUGACCUGGAGUACAGGAGAGCCGAGUGUGACCAGUUUUCUUGGUGCGGAGGAAGAUUGCGUGUCCGUCCAGUUAAGCUCAGGAGUUGCAAGGAAAAACGUUCUGCGCGACGUUGAUUGCUCCGUUAGUAAAAAAUUUAUUUGUGAGUUGCCCGUUCCACCAACAACAAAGCCACCGUGUUUGGCCUACACAUGUGAAAAGAAUACUACCAUUUUGGACGACGACGGAUUAAUUAAACAAAAUACGGCAGUUGAUGGAGCUUUAAGAGUCUCAACAUGCGGAAGGAUGUAUUAUUUUAGCAACGCGGCGGGAUCCUUUACAACAGCUGCGUCUGAAUGUUGCAAAUUGGGUAUGCAACUUGUAUCGUUUGAGACUCGUGAAGAAAUAACCUGUUUUAACAAAAUUUUGAACACAAGAGGAUACGGUGAAAAUCUCAACUUUAAUGCUUGGACUGGGGCCAGUGACCAAUAUCACGAGGGCCUUUUCACUUGGUGCACUCCCAAUAGAUUGUCGAACAUCGUGAACAACCAGUUCUUUCCGCCGGGCCAGCCUGAUAACGCAGGUGGUGGUGAAAAUUGUGUCCAUAUUUAUUAUGCCGCGGGAAAUAUUAUUCAAUUCAAUGACGCAACCUGCACAGCUAAUGUGAGAUUUGUGUGUGAGUCAGUGGCCCCAGACUGCCCAUUCCCGCAGUGUCCAGCGUACGCGUGCAUUAGAGACACAGCAAAAAAUGCUCUUUCCAAAGCGUGGAAAGCUACUGUUGACGGCCAGUUUCGAAGUGCAUGCGGGCAGCAGUACUUUUUCAGUAAUUACACUCUCACAUAUCAGGAAGCUUUAGCCGAAUGUUGCAAAUAUGGCUUAAAACUGCUUAGUAUUGAGUUCAACGACGAGUUGGAUUGCAUCAAGGAAAUGGUUAUAGCUGAAAUCAGGCAACAUAAUUUUUAUUGGAGCUCUGGCACGAAUCUGGGUUAUGGUUGUGAGCUCACUUAUGGCUGGUGUGGCUCCAAAACUUUGGCUCCGAAUAUCACGUGGGGUGUUCCUAUUGAGCCUAAUGUUCCUCUUUACGAAAGAUGCCUGUUGCUACAUACAGCUAACAAUUUCAGCGAUCAAGUUUGCUCCCAACAGAGAUUCUUCAUAUGUGAAGGAAACGUGCCAGACUGCACGGCAACAUGCCCAAGCUAUUGUGUGAAGGAUAGUUCUCUAUUCAACAGUAAAGACCAACUUGUUAACGUGGCUUCAUAUGGCACUUGGAAGACAGUUGGCGGCAAAACUUAUUUAUACGGUUCAAAUCUCUUGGAUUUUUAUGAAGCAUAUGAUUUGUGCUGCCGCAUUGGCAUGAGUUUGGUAUCAGUGGAAACGAACGAGGAGAUGCAAAUUUUGCUCCAAAUGAAAAAUGAAAUCUCACCAGAUAGUACUGAUGAAGCAUGGACAAGUGGGUCACACAUUGACUGUGAUUACAGAUUUAAGUGGUGCGGCUCGGGUGAAAAAUUGCUACGGAACGACUCUCGAUGGCAUGCAGGUCAGCCUAAUAAUGCUUACGGAAAUCAGAGUUGUGUGAGGGUGAUGAUGACUCCAACGCAAAUUUCCUUCAACGACCUUGCAUGCGAAGACAAACGGACCUUUUUCUGUGAAGCACCUGCUGUUCCUGUUUGCACACAAGUAGCAUGUUCAGAUAUGACUUGUGAAUUGGAUCCAAUGAAAUAUGUGCAAUCGUUGGCUUGGAGGGACAGCACUGUAGGAGAAUUUCGAAGUAUUUGUGGACGCCAAUAUAUACUAAAUAAAUUUGAGUUAACAUACGCUCAGGCCAGAGUCGAGUGUUGCAAAAUGGGAAUGGAACUGCUCUCGUUGGAAACGCUGGACGAGUACAAUUGCUUUCUCAAUGACCCUUUCAAUUUCGGCCCAACCGCAUACCAAUUGUGGACGUCAGCGGUUUCUGACGGCAUCGGUUGCGAAAAUGCAACCAGAGGUUGGUGCCCCUCCCUAACGCCGGUGCCUAGUGGCAUUCCGUGGGCACCAGGUCAGCCUAAUAACACUUUGACGGAAAAGUGCACCUACUUGGAAUUGGGGCGAAAUAUCCCCGUCACUCUUUAUGGCUACAACUGUGAAAGUUUACGGUGGUUUGCUUGUGAGGCGUCUAUACCGGAGUGCAAGCCAAUGUGCCCAAUUAAAACCUGCAGCAAAGAUUCUACUUCGUUUGAUAAAAGUGGAAAAUUAAUUUCCCCAAAUCAAUAUGGAACAUGGAGAGACACCUGCGGCCGUCGUUAUUUGUUUAGUUCUGCAAGGGCGGACUAUUACACAGCGUUCAAAACGUGUUGCAGCAUUGGAAUGCAACUUUUGAUUAUUCAGGAUGACGCUGAGUUGCAAUGCAUCACUACCCUGAAUGACGCUGACACGAAAUUUUCCGAUACGUACUACACUUCCGGCAGCUCGCAAGAUUGUCGCAACCGAUACGAAUUUUGUCCGGACACCGGGAUUUACAUUUACGCUAACGAUACGAGAUGGCAAGCAGGUGAUUGCAACCAAGGAGAAGUCUCGCUUUAUAUAAAUCUGCAGCCAGGAGCAAAAACUCAAUUUUCGGAUUAUUUUUUUAACUACACAACUCGGUUUAUUUGUGAGGGCCCAAUUAUUUAGAGCGGAUAUUGAAAACCAGCAAAAAUGUGUGAUUGAACAGGAAUUGAGAUCUGAUAAGAAAAAUUGAAAUAAAAUCUGAUUAAUAAAGUUAA